AUGGAUCCGCUUCUGUAUGGUGUUACAUUGUUAAUUCUCCUCCGCGCAGCUCAUGAAAAGUUUCCACCUGUCUGUGUUCUUUGGUCCUUUUUGAGCACGGAAGAACUGUGGGAUGUUCACUACAUCUUAGCGUUGAAAUGGCAUGGGGAUGCUGGAGCUGAGACCACCUUUGCUGCAGUGGAACGAGUGUAUCAUUGGACGAGCCUUCGCCAGGGUUUGUCGGUUCUCAAGGAAAUUUGGUUUCGUUAUGUGAAAGAACAUAGGCCUCUGCCAGUGAAAGUUCUUCAACAAGGUGAAUGGUUGCAGAAGCGGCUACGUGGAACAAUGCCGCAGAGCUUUCCUGACUCAGAGUUGGCUGAACCUUGGGACUUUCAAUGUGAAAUGAUGUUGCAAAAUUUGCUGGAAUCUGGGCAGCCCAUUGAGCCGCUUUCGACUGCAGGACGCAGAACUCUUGAACAUCCACCCUCCGUGAUUCCUGUCUGUGAGAGCCCGGAGAUUCGAAGAAUGUUGGCUCCUACGUUGACUUUGGAAUCGGAAUCCGAAAGUCAAGAUGCUGAAGGAGAUGCAUCGUCAGCUAAAUCGGAAAGUUUGUCGCCACCGCGCUUCCAAGGUGGAAAGAUUAUCGAUAGUCCUAUAGCUUUGCGACAAAAACUCGAUUAUCUUUUGAAGCACUCUGUGAAUGCCCCGUUGCCCUCAGCUUCUGCUGCCGAGCUCACUCACUCAUCUUCGGCUGCGUCUUCGUCUGGCGGCCCUAUGUCGAUGCUGCAGCGGGCUGCGCUCUUUGAGGACCGUGUCAAACCGGUCGCAGAUGAAGAUGGAGCGACCUCCCUGCCUGACACAAAAUGGGGUAGAUGCAUGCGGGCAGACUGUGGAUAUGCUUUGUCGCCGCACCUUUAUGCUUCUGGUCAAUUUGCAGGACAGAUUCGCUUGCUUUGCAAUAGGUUCAAGAAAGUGCAAGAUGGUAAAAGAAUGUGUUUUUUUUCCGCUCCUGUUCCGAAAGACAAAUGGUCGGAGCUGCCCAAGUUCAUGAGAAACAAGUAUGCAGAACUCCCUGCCAGUUUGCGCCGAAACACUGAGCGCGAUGUGUGA